CCAGGUUCUCCGCCCUGGGGAUCGCCUCGUCCAUAAUGCCUGGGCACAAGCGUCUCGAAGGAGUUACGACUCUCCGCUUGCCGAAAGGGCUGGUCAGCACAACGAGUCCAGCGAGGUCUUUGGGCACCCCAGGAAGCCGGUCGUCGGCCGAGCUGUCUAGCUUAUCCUGCAGCCGCGACAUUUGGUCGCAGCCAUCCACCAUCCAGCUGCUUCAAGGGAUAGGGGUGGUCGAGCUUCUGGAGCAAGACGAAAGGCCGACCUUCGUCGUCGACCUCAACGACCGGGCAAACUUCGCCGCCGCGUCCCUGCAGCUUGUGUACGUCAACCCCGCGUUGAGAUCAGCGCCUGCUCUCCUGAAACUGCUGCAGGUGGACGCGGCAGAGCCGGGCCACAACUCAGACUUUUCGAAAUUCAAAGCAUGGGUGGUUAGAUUACUGCAUGAUGGACCGAGCUCGAACCAGGAAGCUUCGUCUAUCACUUACGCCGGGUUUCCCUGGGCGUGCUCCACGCUCCGGAGGCGCUUCCGAGUUGUCCGCGGCUACCAGACCGUAGCCCCGGGCGCGGCAAGCCCAGCACCACUCCCCUCCCCCGCGACCGAUCUGGGAUCGAGCGAACCUUGGACAGGGAGGCGACUAGAGGCAUUGCGGGAGCGCAGCGACUACUUCGGAGCGGCCAGUCAGUCGCACAUCCGUGCCCAGUCCGAGCCGCGAAGCAGGGCCGGUUCCAUAGUUGACACUGUCGUGCAACCCUUCGAUGACCUGGUGCUAGCACCCCCUCAAUUGCGGACGACAUUCGACUGGACGCAGAUCCCCAUCGACGAUCCGAAUCUCGAUGCUCACCACCGGUUCGCCCGAUCGAUCGACUGGGCGUCCACCGCACUGGGUCCCGUUGAGGGCUGGCCGCUCGAGCUACGCAUCAUGUCGAGCAUGGUCAUGGGAAGUCCGCACCCGGCGGCACUCUAUUGGGGCAAAGACUACGUCGCCAUCUAUAACGAAGCCUACAUUUCGCUCGCCGGCCAAAAACACCCCCGGCUGAUGGGAUCACGGUACCAGGACAUAUGGCCCGAGAUAUGGGACGAGAUGCACCCUGUCUUUGAAGCCGCCCGGGAGUGCGGCUACGCGACCAUGAAGAACGACGACGCUCUCUUCAUAUCGCGCCACUGCCCGGCUGAGGAAACCUUCUUCAGCUGGUCCAUCAUCCCGCUUGUUGGACGGGACGGGACGGUGGUGGCUCUCUAUAAUCCCGCCUUCGAAAAUACGCGGCGGAAGAUCGCCGAGCGGAGGAUGCUGACCCUUCGCGAAAUCGGCAUCAGGACAGCACAGGCCCGCGACGUCAAGGGCUUCUGGCGCCAGCUCCAGAAAGCCCUGGAAUACAACGAGUUGGAUGUCCCCUUUGCACUUCUCUACUCGGUCCGCGAGGACUCCGAGAGCGAAGUGUCUUCUCUGAGCUCCGGAAACCUCGCGCACCUCCCGCAGGUCGUGCUCGAAGGCUCCAUCGGCGUCCCCGACGGCCAUCUGUGCGCCGUUCCGUCGAUAGACCUGCGGUCGAGCGACGAAGGAUUCGCACCGCACAUGAGAAACUCGAUGGCGCACUCGGCCGGCCCGAUCGUCCUGAGCGAGGAGGACGGCACUCUGCCGACCGAGUUGGUCCAGGGAAUCUCAUGGAGAGGCUUUGGGGAUCCGUGCCGCACCGUCGUCGUGUUUCCGGUGCACCCAACCACUGCGGGCGACGCCGUGGUCGGAUUCAUCGUCCUGGGCGUCAACCCGAGACGGCCGUACGAUGAAGAUUACCAGCUGUUUCUUAAUCUCCUCUCCCUCCAGCUCACCACCUCCCUGGCCUCCGUCGUGCUGUUCGAGGAGGAAAUCAGGCGCGGGCAGAAUGCCGCCCGGCUGGCCGCCCUCGAUCGGCAGGAACUCUCGUUGCAGCUUCACCUUCGCACGCAAGAGGCCGUCGAAAGCGAAUACCGCUUCACGCGCAUGGCCGAAUUCGGCCCCGUCGGCCUCUUCAUCGCCGACGGCCACGGGCACAUCGACUACUGCAACGAGAUGUGGUACAGAAUCUCUGGGCUCCCGAGGGACGCCAGCACCUUGAACGCGUGGAUGCAGAGCAUUUGCGAUGAGGAUCGACCUGGCGCGGAACUCGCUUGGCGCCGGGUUGUGGAGGAGAAGACGGCGGUAACGCACGAGUUCCGUUUCAAAGGCUCGAGAGAACUGAUGGACGGCCAGCUGGUCGACGUCUGGGCUCUGAUGAGCGCCUACCCCGAGCGUGACGAGUCCGGCGGGCUCAAGAGCAUAUUCGGCUGCAUCACCGACAUCUCGCAGCAGAAAUGGGCCGAAGACUUUCAGAAACAGCGGCGGGACGAGGCGGUCGAACUGAAGCGCCAACAGGAGAACUUCAUCGACAUCACCAGCCACGAAAUGCGCAACCCGCUAAGCGCCAUCUUGCAAUGCGCCGACGAGAUCUCUUCGGGCCUGACCCGGUACAAGAGAGAGGAUCCGUCCGCGAACGCUCCCGGCUCGCUGAAUCUGUUGAUUGAUAACUGCGUCGAGGCCGCCAGCAUCAUCUCGCUUUGCGCAAAUCAUCAGAAGCGGAUUGUGGACGACAUCCUCACCCUGUCCAAGUUGGAUUCGAAUCUGCUUCUCGUGACACCCGUCGAUGUGCAGCCCGUCCAGGUCGUCCAGGAUGUGCUCAAGAUGUUUGAAACCGAGCUCCUGACGAACGGCAUCGACAGCCAGCUCAUCAUCGAGCAAUCGUACCGAGACCUCGCCGUCGACUGGGUGAAGCUGGAUCCGUCUCGGCUCCGCCAGGUCCUCAUCAAUCUGAUGACGAACGCUAUCAAGUUUACACAGGGGCGGCCCACGCGCUCGAUCGCCAUCAGCCUCGGCGCAUCCAAAGACGUGGUGGAAGACGAAGAGGGGCUCUCUUACGUCCCCGCGCAGCAACCAGACCAGGGGGACAUCAGGGACGACGCCGAUUGGGCCGAUGGCGAGAAAAUCAAUCUCCAUGUCGCCAUUACCGACACGGGUUCAGGGAUGGACGACCACGAGAAGCAGCUCCUGUUCCAAAGGUUCAGCCAGACCAGCCCGAGAACUCACGUGCAAUACGGCGGUUCCGGCUUGGGGCUCUUCAUCUGUCGGAUAUUGACCGAGCUGCAGGGUGGCCAGAUCGCCGUGCAGUCCGAAAAGGGUCAGGGCAGCACCUUUGCCUUCUACGUCAAGGGCCGCAAGUCUGUUCCCCCCCGAGUCCACUCGCCAGUCCGCACCCCGUCCCCCCCAGACAAUUACGCGACCUUCCCAUGCCCUUUGCACACCACUCCCAUGGAACCGCUACCACCACCAACCCAACCCGCCAUCACGCCGAUCAACGAACCCACACAACCACAACCAGCAGCAGCAGCAGCGCCAUCGCCCCCGAGACAGCCUCCGCCGCCUCGCAUAGACGUCCUGAUCGUCGAGGACAACCUGGUGAACCAGAAGGUCCUCCAGCGGCAGCUGCAGCUCUCCGGGAGCAACACGCACGUCGCCAACCACGGCGGCGAGGCGCUCGCCCAGCUACGGCGCUCCCGGUUCUGGGACGAGCACGCCGCCGCACCCGAGGACCGCCACUACGGCGACGGCUGCGGCGGCAACGCGAACAUCUCGGUGAUCCUGAUGGACCUCGAGAUGCCCGUCAUGGACGGCAUCAGCUGCACGCGCGAGAUCCGCCGGCUCGAGGCCCAGGGCGUCAUCGCGCAGCACAUCCCCAUCAUCGCGGUCACGGCGUAUGCGCGGCCGGAGCAGGUCGCGAACGCCAAGGCCGCUGGCGUUGUAAGUCACCUUUUUUCCCCUCCCUCCUUGUUGUUUUCGGGGAGAGUGCUCCAAUCGAGCAUUGCUGACCGCGAUCGCAGGACGACGUCAUCUCGAAACCGUUCCGCAUCGCGGAACUCAUACCCAAGAUCGAGGAGCUGGUGGUCAAGUACACCACGACGGCGGCGGAACCGAGUCCCUGACGCCGUUUCCUGGCCUCGGUCGCCGCGAGAGAAAAGACGGGAACAACCAGCUGUGCUGGAGCGAGAAAAUUGCUUUGAAACGAGCUAGUUAGCCGUCGACCGGCCCCUGGAGUCGAUGCAAACAAAAAGCUGCCUAGGAAAAGAAAUGAAAAGAAAUGGGAGGGAGGUAUCUGGCGGACGGGUGUACGGACGGGUGUACGGACGGGUGUACGCAUGGGGCUCUCCCAAUUUCGUGGAAGGAGUUGCAGCAAUCUUCUUUCCCUGCUAUUUCUCGGAGCAUAGUUAGCGCGGCGCGGCGUUUUAGCGCGGCGCGGCGUUCUGGAGCACUGUCGCGAUC